AUGAAAUUGAUCGAUGAAGUUUUCUAUAGCUUAGAUGAAAAGCAUCAGGACCUAUUAACCAAUUCCUGCUUUGGACAUUUGUUAUGCCUAAGAAAGAUAAAACUUGCAUCCCAAUUAGUUCACCAAUUGAUUCUGAGGUCAAUAAGUACCUCAAAAGAAAAUGAAGUAUUUAUUAAGGUUGGAGACAAGCUUGCAAGAUUUGGAUUGCAAGAAUUCACACUGGUGACUGGGCUUAAAGCGGGGGAUUUGGAGAACGAGGAUCCGAAGCUAGGGCAAAAUUGUAGACUCGUGAAAGAGCGUUUUAAGCGUAGCAACGGCAAAAUAAAGAGAGGUUUAUUGUUACAAGUUUUCAAACGCUGCAAGCAUAAGAAUGAUAAAUAUAAGUUGGGCCUCCUCGUCAUAUUGAUGUACGUGGUUUUGGCAGCAGAGGAGAAUACAUUUGUUAACCCAUGGUUGUUUUAUUUGGUGGAUGAUCUCGAUAGAUUUAACAACUAUUCAUGGGGGAGAAAGUCAUACGAGUACACUAUUAAGGUUUUUAAACGUAAUUUGGGAGACAUGUUGAAGGGUUAUACAACUUCUCAGCGAUAUCCGUAUUCUCUGCAUGGAUUUCCAUUUGCAAUCAUGAUUUGGGCAUUUGAAGCAAUUCCCGGUGUUGGAAAGAAAUUCGGUCGUGUAACAGUCGAUUCCAGAAUUCCAAGAAUGAUAAGCUGGGAAAUGUCCAAGCAACUUAGGGGGGAAACACUUUGCACAUUUUUUGAAUCGUCAAAUAUAGAGGUACAUUGUACGCUUAAUCCUACAGACGAUGAAUUGCUGGAGCCGUUCUGGAAGGAAUCCGGACCUUUUGAUAGUGAAGCGGAUCCUAAGUUGGAAAAAGUUGCUUCCAAGGAUGAAGGCUGA